UUUCAAAGCCCGAUUCUUUCUUGUUCCUCAAGACGCUACUACUUCAAAAAGCAAUACAAAAUAAAACCCCACCUUCAUCUCUCCAGGUACCCAGCGACACACAGUAACAGAUCGACAAUUCCAUCACCAGAUCCGCUGAAACAUGGAGUGCGUUUUCGGUUUAGUAGGCAACGGUUUCGCAAUCUUAGCGGCCGACACGUCCGCCGUUCACAGUAUUCUCGUUCACAAAUCUAACGAAGACAAGAUCAUGGUCCUCGACUCUCACAAACUCAUCGCUGCCAGUGGCGAACCCGGUGACAGAGUUCAGUUUACGGAGUUUAUACAGAAGAACGUGGCGUUGUACCAGUUUCGUAACGGAAUUCCGUUGACGACUGCGGCGGCGGCCAACUUUACGCGAGGAGAGCUCGCCACUGCUUUGAGGAAGAGCCCAUACAUGGUCAACAUCCUUUUGGCUGGCUACGACAAGGAGACAGGACCAUCUCUAUACUAUAUUGACUACAUUGCUAGCCUUCACAAGGUUGAUAAGGGCGCAUUUGGUUAUGGCUCCUAUUUUUCACUCUCCAUGAUGGACAGACACUACCACAGUGGCAUGUCGGUGGAAGAAGCCAUAGAUUUGGUUGAUAAGUGCAUAAUGGAGAUACGAUCCAGGCUUGUUGUGGCACCACCAAACUUUGUGAUAAAGAUUGUUGACAAGGAUGGAGCAAGGGAGUACGCCUGGCGUGAAUCUGUCAAAGAAACCCCUGCUUGAGCAUAAGGGUUUCAUACUUGAAUUGCUUGGUUUUAGAUGUGUAAUUUGGAUGAGGCAGUAGAAUGUUAUAUUUAAAUGCCCAUACCUGUUUCAAACAGGACUUUGUUGUUCUUGCUUGAUAUUUAAGAAUAGUUAAUGUUUUGGAAAUUUAAUUCAACUUUCUAAGUGGAAUUCUCGUGGCUGAGAUUGGAUAUGAAGUUUAAUUUUGACUUGAAAA